AUGACUCUCAGAGAAGCACCAAUGGCCUGCAGCUUAGGCAUGGUGAUGAGUGCCUUGUUUUGGUCUGUAGCCAUUGUAUAUUUAACCCAUAUUGGCAGAGUCAGUGGAGAUUGCUGGUUAAUUGAAGGUGAAAAGGGCUUUGUAUGGCUUGCAAUUUGUAGCCAAAAUCAACCACCUUAUGAGGCCAUCCCACAGCAUAUCAACAGCACCAUUGUGGACCUUCGUCUGAAUGAAAACAAAAUCAAAAGUAUCCAUUAUUCUGCUCUUAGUCGCUUUGCCAACUUGACCUACCUGAACCUGACAAAGAAUGAAAUCUCCUACAUAGAGGAUGGGGCCUUUUCUGCUCAGUUUAACUUACAAGUCCUUCAAAUGGGCUUCAACAAGUUGCGGAACCUGACAGAGGGAAUCCUCAGGGGUUUAGGAAAGCUGCAGUACCUCUACCUCCAGGCAAACCUGAUUGAGACUGUGACACCCAAUGCCUUUUGGGAAUGCCCCAACAUAGAGAACAUUGACCUCUCCAUGAACCGGAUCCAGCAGUUAGACGGGUCCACGUUUACCAGUCUGACUAAACUGACCACCUGUGAGCUGUACACCAACCCUUUCAACUGCUCAUGUGAAUUGCUUGGUUUUGUCAAAUGGUUCUCAGUUUUCCCAAACAGGACGAAUGAGCGGAUGGUCUGCGACUCCCCACCCGGCGUCUCUGGUUAUAGUUUACUCAGCCAGAAUCCCAACAAUCCAACAUAUCGAAAUGCGCUUCACAUGCUCACGACUGUGUGUACUGAUGACUACGUGACACCAUUUAUUGCUAUGCCCACUGAGUCUACAACACUCCCACCGGACUCAACACUUUGUGGGCUGGAAGACUGUCCCUCAGGCACAGAACCAGAUGACAUUACCAUCAGUGCAACCGACAGCAGUGUGGAAGUAACCCCUGUGAUGAAAGUGAAGCAAGUUUCGAACACAGGUGCUACCAUCACAGUUCAGAUCCCUCAUCCUUACAAGAAGAUGUACAUUCUGGUUCUGUACAACAACAGUUUCUUCACAGAUAUUCAAAAUCUGAAAGACAUAAAGGAAGAUAUUGAAUUAAAAAACCUUAAACCCCACACUAACUACACAUACUGUGUUGCUUCAAUACGUAACUCUCUUAGACACAACCACACUUGCCUGACAGUCACUACUGGCCCUCGGAUUGAAAAGGACCGAGCUGUGAACAACGCAACUGCUACUCAUUACAUUAUGACAAUUUUAGGCUGCCUCUUUAGCAUGGUCAUUUUUCUUGGGGUGGUCUACUACUGCUUGCGAAGAAAGCGUCAGCAAGAUGAAAAGCACAAAAAAUCAAGCAGCCUGAAGAAAAAUAUAAUGGAACUCAAAUAUGGACAAGAAUUGGAAGGAGGGACUAUUUCUCGAAUGUCGCAGAAGCAGUUAUUAGCUGGGGACAGCAUGGCGCGUAUGCCGUACUUACCAUCUGCUAGUGAAAUGGAGCAGUACAAAUUUCAAGAGAUAAGUGAUACGCCUAAAAUGAUGAAGGGAAAUUACAUGGAGGUGCGAAGUGUGGACCACCAUGAACGCAGAGAGUGUGACAUGGGAAUGGCUGGCAAUAGCCAGGGGUCAGUGGCGGAGAUUUCCACCAUUGCAAAAGAGGUGGAUAAAGUCAAUCAGAUAAUUAACAACUGUAUAGAUGCCCUAAAGUCAGAAUCCACCUCUUUUCAAGGGGUGAAAUCUGGAGCAGUGUCCACAGCAGAGCCUCAGCUCGUGCUAAUAUCUGAACACCCACAGAGUAAAUCUGGUCUUCUGUCCCCAGUGUACAAGGACAGCUACCAUCAUUCUCUGCAGAGGCAUCGGACCUCUGAUGUCUCACCAAAGAGGCCCAGCACUGCCACAGGAGGGCCCAUGCGAAGCCCCAGGCCUUAUCGCUCUGAAUCAAAGUACAUAGAGAAAACCUCCCCAACAGGAGAGACCAUCCUCACUGUAACACCUGCUGCCACCAUCCUGAGGGCUGAGGCAGAGAAGAUCCGUCAGUACAGCGACCACCGGCACUCGUACCCCGAUGCUCAGAUAGAGGAACUCGAAGGACCUGACAGCCACAAGUCCUCCAUGUUGGAGCCUCUUACUCACUCCCGCUCCAGAGACUUAGCAUAUUCCCAGCUGUCAUCUCAGUAUCACAAUCUAAGCUAUUCCUCCAGUCCCGAGUACUACUGCAAACCUUCACACAGCAUCUGGGAGCGGUUCAAACUCCACCGGAAAAGGCACAAAGAUGAGGAGUACAUGGCUGCAGGGCAUGCACUGCGUAAGAAAGUCCAGUUUGCAAAGGAUGAGGACCUGCACGAUAUUUUAGACUACUGGAAAGGUGUAUCAGCCCAAAAUAAACCAUAA